AUGUCGCUGGAGAACCUGCUUCCCCUUGAACUCAUUGACAAGUGCGUUGGCUCGCAGAUCUGGGUCAUCAUGAAUGGCGGAAAGGAAUUCACUGGAAAGCUGGUCGGAUUCGACGACUACGUCAACAUGGUUCUGGAGGACGUGACUGAGAUUGAUCCCGCAGAAGGCAACAACAAAUUGCCAAAGAUCCUGCUGAACGGGAACAACAUCUGCAUGAUGGUCCCCGGAGGCGAUGGCCAGACGGUUCUCGAAGAAUAG